AUGACGUCCUCUAGCGCUGUAGAAGAUGAACAUCUUACUGACUCUGAUUUAACCGAUGACGAGGAGCGGAAUGUGGAACAGCGCCAGGAGGAGCUGCGUGUUGAGACACCUCGACCGACGUACAGUGAUGAGGAAUUGCAUCAGCUGGUGGAGUUCAUACAGCGCAUGUGUGUGCUGAGCUGCUUGGACCAUCGGGACUGGCAUGAGAACUCAGUGGACAUCAUUCGCCGCUGGCUGUUGGAGGUCAACGAGCCCCUGCUGACUGUUUUCUAUGACGGGAGCACGCUUACCGCCUGCCUGGGCUUUCCGACCACGUACAUUACCGACAUGAGCUACUUUCGUCGCGAACCGAACGAGAUAUUCACUGUGGAGGCCUUCCACGAUGAGAUCCAGUUUGGCACGGUUCAUAGCGAUGUAGAUGGCUGCCUGCUGCAUGUCCUGGAGUGGCUGUAUAUGCCCUUCUUCCGCAACUAUCCCGAAUGGAAUGACACCGUCCGCCUGCGCUUUUGCUCGAGCAUGGAUAGGUUUCUGGGAUUCCUCACGGGAACGCACUACCAGAUUGGUGGCAUGGCCGUGCUAUAUGUUCCCUAUGUGAUCAAACAGCUCGGGGUCGGUAAGGGGGAAGUGGGUAAGGUGGACAGGCAGCUGGCUAAGGGACUGGAAGGCAUUGCUCUCUAUUGGACAACUCAGAUUCGUACCUUGAUGGGCGAUUGCACAUUGACGGUGCCCCACGAUUUGGUCACAGUGCGGGAUGAGUUUGAAUUCUGGGAAUAUCGCUAUGAAGUCCUGCAGGGAAUCAACGCCCAAUUGGCUCAGUCGGAUGUGGCGAAGGUUUUCCAUGUGCUGCGGCAAUCCAACUCCGUUCACAUGCCCCAAAUAGAUGACCUAAUAGCGUCGGCCAAGCUGGAGCUGGUUCAAUCAUUGUCCAACAUAAAGUAUCUCCAUUUGCUGAUCGAGCCCUGCUCCAAAAUUGAUCUGUCCAACAGUCCCGCAGAGCUCACAAAAUUGCUGCCCCAAAUAAUCCAUCUCGUGCGCUUCAUCUGGCUGAAUUCGGAGUACUAUAACACGCGGGAACUGAUCACAGGUCUCUUUCGGAAUCUCAGCAAUCAGAUUAUUAAGUUCUGCACCGAGCAGACCAAAGUGCAGGAGAUACUCGCGGGACGGCCGCGCUUUGGCAUCAAGAUGUGCAACACGUCCAUCGAGUGCUGUCUGGUCUACAAAGGAAUCUAUGAGGAAAUAUCGAGGCAGCCCACCCAAGUGGGUUGGCAGCUAGACGAGGGGAUCAUCUUCAAUCAUGUGGAUGCCUUUGUGGAGCGGCUGAACGAUGUGAUUGAUAUAUGCGAGUCCAUGAUUGUAUUUGGCCGUUUGGAUGAGAACGAGACCAUACCCAGGGCCGAGUUUGGCGGCACCAGAGGCGCGGAGCUGGACAAGAUUGCCGCAAAUGUGGAAAAUACCUUUCUGGAGACUCUCAAGAAGCUGCAACGCUGCAGUGGCUCACAGUCGAUCAUCCUAAAUGUUCAUCGCGAGGACUGGUACGACCUGGUGGCCAUGUAUCGCGCCAAUGUCCAGCACUUGGAGGAAACCGUCCAACGUCUGAUCUUCAAUGUGUUUCAGCAUGUCUGCAAUGUGGAGGAGGCCCUGGAGGGUCUGCAAGCCCUGUUUUUCUACUCCUAUCGCCAUAGCGGCACUCUGAGGAAGACCUUCCUGCGGGAGGUGAGUCGCUUGUGGCGCAUGUUCUCCCAGGAAAUGGAUGCCUCGUCGAGAAAGCUGCUGGAGUGUCGACAGCAACAGGAGUCCUGGCUCUCCCAUCAUGUGUCCCGUGCCCUCAACUAUCGCAUCAAUCUGGAACGCCUCACCUGGCUACGCAACCGAUUGAAGAACGCCGAAUGGCUGCCGGCAGUCAAGGAGGCUGCUGCUACGCUGGCCAAAUUCGAUUCCCUACGCAAGGAGUACGAUCGAGAGGCGCGUCAGGCGUAUGAGGAUUGGCAAAAGCAAUGCUGUGGCUGGUCAGCCGAUCUCGACCAGAGACUCGAGCGCUAUCUGAUAGUACGCAGCAAGCAGGCGAGAGGUCUGCUGGAGUGCAACAUAGAUCCAGCUGUCGUCGAGAUCUGCGAGCAGGCCCAGCACUUUGAGCGAUUGGGCUUCCCCAUACCGAGUACCAUCAAAAAGUUCUACGAGAGGUGCGACAGCCUGAGGUCCGUGUACAAUAGCGUCACGCAACUGUGUCUCAGCCACAAUCGCAUUCUGAUGGGCCUCACAGAUCGCGAACGGAAGCUAUUUCGACCGCUGAUCCUGGCCUGCGAUCGGCACUUGGCUCCGGGCAUCUUCAAGCACACCUACGGUGCCGAUCUAAGCGAGCAAACGUUCUUCGAAGAUUGCGGGGAGUUUGUUCAAGACUUUCAGGAGAUUGUCCACAUCUAUAAGCGUGCGAAUCGGGGCGUGGCCAGGUGCUGUGAAAAGAUUUGCGAUACCACUCUGCUGCGCUUUAAUUUUAUGGGCGCCGUGGACAUAUCCGUGUUGCAGCAGCAACUAUCCGGCUGGCUGACGAGUGCUGGCGAUACACUGAGGAAUUAUUACAACCAUAUUGUGGAGUUGCUUUCCGCAUUCAGCAGGCAGUUCCAUUUGGUCAAAGAUGAGAUGUCUGCCGAGUGGAUUGUUUAUGUGAACGGGCUGGAUGAUAUGCUGGCCAAUGCCUUAAUGACCAGCGCUCGCAGCUCUUUGACCAAGCUCUACGAUGCCCUGCAUCGCGAUGAGGACAUGGCACCUGCACCCAUAUUGGUCCUGGAAUCGGAUGUCAAGGAUGGUGCGAUUGUGUUUAGUCCAGAUAUGGAUGAAAUUGGCACUAUACUGUGUGGUGUGAUUGACAAUAUCCGCUGCAUGUUGGAUCAGUUCCCGCGACUGGGCUACAAGCUGCGGCUGCCCAAGGCAGAGCAGCGACAGGGAUUCGCUGGAGUGUUUCGCGAGGAUCAGGAAUGCUCCGAGCUGAUGCGCAGCGUCCAAGCGGAAAUAUCCAAGCAGCGGCAGGAGAUGGACAGCUAUCAGGAGCAGUGGAACCACCAUCGCAUGCUGUGGGAAAACACAGAAGAACAGUUCACCGAACGCCUGAUGAAAAGUGCCCGGACAGCGGGAGUGUUUGAAGGUGGAAUCGAACAUUACAGCGCGCUGGCCGAUGAUGUUUCCUUUGUGGAUGCCAUCACGAAUGUCUAUUUCAUAUUAAUCAAUCAGAAUGCCCUCAAAAGCACCAUACUGGAUUGGAUAGAGAAAUGGCAGGCUUUGAAUAUUAAAAUGCUGCUGGAUCAUGCCACCAAUUGGAUGAGAGCCACCUAUCGCUAUAUGCGACGGAAUGAGAGGAAUGUAAUGAAGGUGCCGCGCACCAUUCGCGAAACGGUGGCUGCCAAAAAGCUCUUCGCCCGUUUGGUUCAGGAGGUGCCUCUCAAACAGGCGACCUUCACACCCAUGCUGGAGCUAUUUGUACUGCUCCACAAAUAUCAGGUAAAACUGGCCGAGAAGACGCAUGAGCAGGUGCUCGGCUUGGAGUCCGCUUGGUUGCACUACCUUCAGACUCUGAGCGAGGCUGAUGAGAUGCUCGACAAUGAAGGCGAUGAAAAUAAAUUGGAGCUGGCCAAGCAAGCGGAAAAAUUCAAGUUUAUAUUGAAAGAAUUCCUCGAGGAUUUCUACUCCAAAUUACCCAAGAAAUAG